UUUAUAUCAAAAGAAAACUAAUCACAGAUGCAUGUGCAUGAAUCACUCACCAGGCAUUGAUUCCGCGAUCAAACCUAAAGCUUUUGCGAUAGCACAAAAUUUCGCAAUUGUGCCAAUUCAAACGAUUUGAUUGACUAAAAAAUGAGUCAAGUGAGCAUCUUUAAGUUGCCCAACGAGUGCUUCUACACCAUAAUGAAGUACAUCAAAAGGAACUGUGAGCGCGAGAGACCACUUGCCACCGUUGACAUCAAAUAUGAUGAUCUCAUUAGUUUCGCCGCUUGCUGUCAGGCUUUUGGCCUUCUGCUCUGCGAAUGGGAUACGGAUCUAUCUUUCAAGCUUAUGCAGUAUGUGACGCUCAAGACCAGCAACAUUCACAUUGACUUUGAAAAGAUGUAUGCCCGGUUGAAGGAUGCCACAGCAAGGGACAAGGAAGCCCACUGGAGCUCCCUUAGCCACGCGAUCAGAAGCUCAGGCCUGACCGAAGUCGCAUUACGCUACGCUCCCGAAUCAUUCUAUGCAGAUCACAUGGAUGCAUUUAACACCGUGUUGAGUCAACUACAGAAAAAACAAAAUCUAAUAGGGUUAAACAUUAAUGUACCAGCCUACACCCUGGAGGGUCUGGGACGACUUGCAAGCCUCGCGACGCUCCGUUUAAAUAUACGAAUGGAUAUUGAUGAUUUGAUCGAAAUCUGCCGCUGUAAUAAGAACCUGCGCGUUUUGGAGUACAUGAACAAUGAGACAGGUGGAAAGAGGCUGGCUGGUAUCGCCCCGCACUGCCAGCAGUUGGAAGAACUCACCUUCAAAAUGAGACCCGACUGCGAUGCAAGGGAGUACAGGAAUUUCGCCGAAAUUCCCAAGCUGCAACACUUAACGAUUUUGGGGGUGCACGAGAAGGGCACUCUACAGCCACUGCUGGAGGGAUUUGCCUGCAAUCAGAGCACGAUCCUCAACAGAUUGUUUGUUGUCAAUGCAACAUUGGAUCAAAAUGAAACGCAGGCAAUGGUCCAGAUUGAAACAUUAACUCAAGUGAAGUGUGGAUUUGACGAUACCCAGAGCAUUGGGCUCUUGUCUCAACUGAGUCAUCUCGACUGCUUGCAAAUCCAAUCUAAACAGGAGUUUGGCACAAUUUGCGAGCAUAUUCUGAGCAUUCUAAUGAAGUCAAAGGUGAAUAUAAAUAUUGAUCUACUCAAUUGGUCAAUAUCAUACGGAGAAAGUGGGGAGCUUUCGAUUCGGAUGACGGAUGUGAAUGCGAAUCCCACCGACUGCAGUCCACUUUCGUCGCUGCCUGCUUUGACUUCCUACCAAAUUCACGGACUGCCUCGUAUUGGUUUACUUCAGCCGAUUCUCAAUGGAUUGGCACUCAGGCAAGCACCCACUCUGACCGACUUGUUGUUGAAAAAUAUAACGGCAGAGGAGAUCGCAACAGUGUCUGAGAUAGCAUCCUUGAGCAGAUUAAAGUGUGGAUUUGCCGGAACACAAAACAUUGAGCUGCUGGCGCGGUUACCCGUGCUUAAAAAAUUAACGAUUUUGUGUGUGCCAUGCCUAGGAUCCCUCCGGGGCCUUCUGGCUGCUCUGGUCUCGCGCCCGUCACAGACACUCCGAAAGUUUUGUCUAUCAAACGGAAAACUUGAUGGCGGGGAGGCAAAGGCAUUGGUCCGCCUGAGAUCUUUGCGCAUUUUGAAAUGUCAAUUCGCCGAUCCUGUGGACAUACAGCUCCUGUCCCAACUCCCCGAACUCAAUCAUCUUUAUCUGAAUACGAAUGAAAUGUUCAGCAAGAUAUCGCCUGGUGUCCUGACAGUUUUAAAUGGCUGCAAAAAGUUAUCUAAAAUUCACAUAAAUUGUAGUCCAAACCUGUUCCUUCAUGUGGACAUGAAAUCGUCUGAAAUUCUCGUAGAAUUCCUGGAGGCAUGUCGACGCACAAUUAAAAUCGAGAUCAACGGCAAGAGCAUAACGUUCAAUGGGAUGGAGAAUACAUUGCACCUAGAAAUGGAUUUCUUUAACCGAUAUAAUCUCGCGAUAGAGCCUUUAUCCCGCCUUGAGUCCGUGAACCGUAUGGAAAUAGAAGGAUACCAUAAAGCUGGAUCAUUGAGACAGUUCUUUGCCUAUCUAGCGAUGAGAAUAAAUCACAAUCUGCAGAGUCUGUCGAUGUCCGGCUGCCCGAUUGACUUUACUGAGACGACGGAGUUGGCCAAGAUUACUUCAUUGACGAGCUUCGAGGGCAGCCUCUGCAAUGAAGAGAGCUUCCAGCACUUACUUCACUUAAGCCAUUUCAAUGUAGCAGAAACAGAGGACUUUGGCAGCAACAUCGUUUUCCAUAGGAGCACUGGCAGAUUGACUUUGAUGAAUCGCGUUUACUAUGGCAAAGAGAUUGUUCAGAAUUCUCCAGCUAUUUUGCAGAACUUGCGGGACGUGAAUAUUCUCGGCUAUACGAAGGAUGAUUCCAUGCAUCAGUUCUUUGACCAGCUGGCCACGUGGCACGGCGACAAUCUGCAGUCACUAACCGUGCUCAAACCCUACGAAAUGAGCAAUGCGGACCUGAGGGAAGUCAGUCGCAUGAAGUCGCUCCGCAUCCUGGACUGCGCUUUAACCCAGUCCAAGGACAUGCAAAUAGAACAGUUGGCUCAACUUCCCAAGCUGGAAGUGCUGGUUGUUCAAUCCCAUCGAAUGGGCUCCCUAAAGAACCUUCUUGAACAGUUGGCCGCCAAGCAGUGCCCCACGCUCGAACAUCUGGCUGUAAGGGCGGCAAGUUUCACGCCCCAAGAGGUGACCCAAGUAGCGGCUAUUACUUCCUUGAAGCGACUCGAGUGCGUGGGUCUCGAUACAUUGAGCAUUGAAGGCUUGGCCGAGUCUGCGCAGCUUGAAGAGUUGGCCAUCUCCUCUGGCCCCGAAAGGGGUUCUCUGAAAAGUCUCUUCCGGGCACUUUCACUGAAGGCUACACCCCAAUUAAAGAAUUUGAUUUUAGAGGACACUUCCAUUGACCUUGAAGAGGCUCGCCACCUCGGGCAGAUUGAUUCAAUCACAAAUCUACAGUGUGGCUUUAAAAACGAAGAAAGCUUCGCCCUUCUGGCCAGCAUGACAAAUCUUGAGAGUCUGAAAAUCACUUCGGAACAUGAAUUUUCACAUAUUUCCGAGCAUCUGCUUGACAUCUUUCGCAGUUGUCGCAAACUUAAGACUUUUGAUUUGGGAGAUACAAACUGCAAUCUCUGCCAUGAGUUUCUGAAAAGUUCUUCUGAGAUACUGAAAUCGGUGAGAAAUCUUUCAACUCAAGGUCCAUUGGUAUUAUGGAUUUCCGUAUCAUCUUAUGCAAUAAGCAAUAAGAUAAAAGCCAUCGAUAGAAAGUAUUUAAUUGUUAAGAAGAAAUUUUGUUGAUUAUUUUGAGGACUACUAAGAAAGUGAUUGCCAUAAAAUGUUUUGUAAGUUCAUU